CGAGCACAGGAAGCCAAGAAGAAGGCGCUCAGAAAAGGAGGCAUCGAAGGCGGGGAGACGUCCGGUGGUGGCCAUACUAAUAACGAUGGCCAAUUAUCUAGUCAAAAGCAAAACGACGAAGACGAGGAAGAAGAGGAUAUUUUAUCGGACGAUCAGCAGAAGGACAAAAUGUCAAAAACAUCGUCCGAGGAGGAUGUGGUGGAACAGCCGGAUGGCAAACUUACCAUUGGCGAGCGAUGGGAGAGAUUGUUGAAGGAAACCCACGAGAAAAUAGAAUGUCGUCGCCGGGAAACCGAAAAUGUCAAAGAGAAAUUGCCACCUCAUCAAGAGGCCUUAUUUAAUCAAUUAAAGGAUUUCGAACAGGAGGUAGAAUGGACCGUCAACCAUAUUGUAUGGGCAUUCAAUUUGCCCACAUCAUACACGGCCCCGGGCCAGGAGGAUGUCGAGUUCGAAGAGACGAAGGUACGCAUUCCCAUUGAUCCCAAAAGAAUAAACCUGAUUCCCACCUACACCCAAGACCAAUUGGAAGAUGUGGUCGAGGGAUGGAUGCGUUACAUAGAGAAGCGAAUAAAGGCGCUAAAGGAAAAGCCUUUGGACGAAUUCACCCCCAUGGCCGAAUAUCGCCUGUGGCACUUUCGCGAAAUAGAAUUUAAUGGAAUAUUGGAACAAUUAAAAUCCGAAUUUGUUGUAACAGUUUUGGAUGUACUAAAGGCCAACAACUCAACUGUACUUGGGCGUUGGGCAGAGACCGUCAACAAAGUAGCCGAAAAGUUUCGCUUGGCCAAAGAAAAUGCUGACUAUAUUGGCACAAUAACCGAUUACUUGGAGAAAAUACGCUCCUACGAAAGUUUCAGGAUGACGACACUGCUCAUACCCAAUGUUAUGGUGGGCCUGCGUCACAUAUGGACCAUGUCAAGCUAUUACUGUCACGACGAUAAAAUGCAGACUCUGUUGUGUCAGAUUUCGAACGUCUUUACGGAAAAGGUCAAAAACAUUGUGUGUUUUGAGAAAAUAUUUCGCCAUUCAUCCAGAUAUACCUACGAAACAGCAACAAGCUGUGCCAAUUUACUGAAAUGUUGGAAAACGGCUUAUUUGAUGAGUCGAAAAUAUAUUGAAGACUCUGGAGCCGGUUCCAGGUGGGAGUUCGAUCGCAAUGCUCUGUUUAACGAAGUUGAUCACAUAACCCGAAUUAGCCGGGAUAUUGCCUCGGUGGGGCGUGUUUUCAUCCAAUAUGAAAAUCUGUUUGGAAAUCGUUUGAAAUGCCUCAUUACGGAUCCCACACUCGUCGAUGGACUCAUGCGCAAGGUGUACCGCUUGCUCGACGAUAUGUUGACUAGUGUCGAUUAUGACAUCUUCCGGCCUGGCAAUUGGGAGAACUGGGAACACACGCUCAGCACGUUCAACAAACGUUUGGACGCUGUCGAAUCGGAAGCGAAACAGGUGAUUGAGAAGAGUAUUACAAUGCUGCGGUCGUCUGAUUUGGGUUUGGAGCUGAUACGUGAUGUUAAACUCUUGGAUACACGGAAAGCGUUGACGGACUUUCUAUCAACGAAGCACGAAAACCUAUUGAGAUUCUUUGUAACGGAAAUAAACACUGUCGAGUGUGAGUUUAUGAAUCAUAAAAAAGCUCCGCCAAUUGGUAAACAUCAGCCAGCGAAAAUCGGCGCCAUACAAUGGACGCGAUUAUUGAGCGCCAAACUGAAAAUAUCCGUAUUGGCAUUUAAACGGAUGGAGGACGAACCAAACCUCAAGAACAGCUACUUAAAGCGAAGUGCCUUCAAAUCCUACUUUGAACUGGUAAACAAAAUGCACAUCUAUGAAAAUAAUCUCUUCGAGAAAUAUUGUUCCGAAGCCACGUACAUGGUCAAUGGUCUAAUGCGAAAGAAUAUCCUUAAAAUACAGAUUUGUAAACGCGACACAUUAACUUAUAUAUCGGAUGCCUUGGAGACCAUCAAAUUGAAAAAGGGGAAAUCGGUGGAUGAAUCCAGCUCUCACGGCACUAGUGUCAGUGAUGCAUUCAGUCAAACGGUUCCAACUGGAUUCAUUCGUAAAAUAACGAAGUUUACCGUUAUAGCCACAUUGCUUCAGUGGCUGAUGGGGCGCAAACCAGCUGCCGAUGCGCAAUUUAUGAAAGCUUUGGAAUUUCUAAAACUCAUGAAAUCGGGAAAAGUCAAGCCAACGGAGAGGGAUAAAUUUUGUAUAAAACAAUGUGAACUUUUAGUCAAAUCCUGUAGUCAAGAAGGCCUUCCAACGUGGCGUGCUCUAGUGGGUGAUAAAAUUUUGAUUGAAUACGAGAUGCGAUUUACGGUCAAUUUAACCCGAGAUAUCUUUGAAAUAAUGUUUGAAGGCCAACAAUUUGAACAUUUCGGAUUUGCGCUUCCAUCUGUUCUUCGAACGGCUAUCAUGAAAAAAGAAAUGUUGUUUAAUGACUUUGAAGCUGUAUCAACAGUCAUAGAUAGAUACAAUUCCUUGCUGGACAAACUUUCACUGUCGGAGGUCAACUUUUUGCGUGACCAUCUGUAUGAAACCGAAGUUGCCAUUCAAGUCGGUGUGGGCCGAUAUACCUGGCAAUCGUUCAACAUCAAAAAGUAUUGCGAAGGCGUUUGCGCUCUUAUGCGAAAAUUACAAUCCGUUGUAUCCCAGAUAAACUAUAUCCGCAUCGACAUCAGAAAUCGAAUUAAUCACAUAAAAAACUUUAAUUUAUUCAGCAUCGAUGAUGCCAAAGAUGUGGAUCUCAACAACACUCAACACGACAUCGAAUCCGACCAACAAAACUCCACAGAAAGCAGCGACGAUCCGGAGGCGAAUGCAAUCAAACGAAAUAAAAUAGAAAUAAUUCGCAUGCCUGACCCGCUGGAUACAGUGUCGGCCGAUCCUAAUGAUUGUGGCAGUGCUAUUUAUCACUGCCAGAGCUACAUGGAACGUCUGGAAAGUACACGAACCGGAAAGUGUUCACAAAUGAAGAAAACUUACGAUUCACUUGGACCAGUGCUGAUCAAAUUGGAAAGUUUGGUAUUGGGUACGUUCACAGGUCGUUCGGAGAAAAUGCGAGAAUACUAUGUCUUCUGGGAGGAGGAAACCUACAAGUGUAUAUUGGAUUUCACCUACAAAAACUUGGAAUGUUAUCUGGAUCGCCUACUUGGAAAUCAGCCGAUGUUUGAAAUAAAUGCAAUAAUAGUCCUGUCGGAAAUUAUGUUGGAACCAUCAGCAAAUGAAGUGAAAAAUAUGAUUGUUCAAUCUUGUAAAGAUUUCUUAGAACGUUUAAAAAUGUUCACCCGGUGGAUGAAUGGAACAUGCAUUCCCUGCUCACCCAUUGACAAUGAUGGCGAUGGCAAAUACACUUUCACAUUCUAUGAAGAUGUCGUCAAGAUAAAAACCAUUGGUGGUUUAGUUGUAAAAAUUCAAGAAUUAGCUAAUCGUGUCGUGGAGGACGCUAAAAAUUGUGUUAAAAAAUUUCGCAAAUACUACAAUCUGUGGGCAUUUGAUAAGGAAACAAUUUGUGAAAAAUAUGUGGAUCGUGGUGUGCCACUGGUGCAGCUUGACGAGAAAUUUACAUUUUAUGCAAAUAUCAUGAACGAAUUGCAGCAGUUGCCAACAUACUACGAUGUCCAAUGUAUACGCAUAAAUUUGAAGCCACUGCUGGACAGCAUUUGCCAUCACGCCCAGCAAUGGUGCACCAAAUUGGGCGAGAAGCUGGCACAGCGCACUGUUGCCAAUAUGGAUAGAAUGCGAUUGGAAAUUAAAACACUCAGUGAAAAUCUGAAUAGGGCUACGAAGGAACUCAGCGAUUUCAAAUUGGUUAUGCAAACUAUUUCAACAAUUCAAUCGACGACGUUGACGCACGAAAUCAUAAUCCGGGAAAUGCAGGAGACCUACACCGUGCUGAGCGAACACAAUAUAAACUUUAAUUUUGAAGACAUGCUAAUGGCCCAUCAUUUGGGGAAACGAUGGCAACGCCUCUACCGCUCAGCGCUGUAUCGCCUGGACAAAGUGCAACCGAUUAAACAGAAAUUUGCCGAUAUGACGUCCGUCGAAAUAUCGAGCUUUUGGAAGGAGCUGGAAAUUUUCAUAGAGGAUUUUCUGAAUAAUGGACCCGGAGCGGUUGGACCCGAUCUGGACCGAGGCUUUAAGUUAAUGGAUCCAUAUGGUAAUAAAAUAAAUGAACUCGAGAGUCGUAGACUUGAAUUGGCCAAUGCUGAGAAACUUUUCGAUAUGCCAAUGCAAGACUACAAUGAUUUCUCUCGUCUCAAGGAGGACUACGAAGGAAUGCAAAUUAUUUACAAAUUGUACAAAAGCCAAAAGUCCGCUCGAGAGGGAUGGUCAAAGACAUUGUGGGCCGACCUGGAUCCUACUGUCCAGACAGAGGGUGUGGAAAGUUAUUUAAAAGAAUUUCGUAAACUUCCCAAACAGGUGCGACAGCUACCCGUCGGCCAAAUGUUGGAGCUACAGAUGAAACAAUUCAAAGGCACUGUGCCGCUUAUGGUGAGCUUGAAAAACGAAGCCCUGCGGGAACGUCACUGGCUGCAAUUAAUGGAAAAGACGGGCCAGUACUUCGAUAUGACACCGGAACGAUUCACACUUGAAAACAUGUUUGCCAUGCAAUUGCACAAAUACCAGGAAAUUGCCGAACAAAUCCUAAAUAAUGCCAUCAAAGAAUUGGCCAUUGAAAAAGGCGUUAAAGCUGUUGAGGAUACUUGGGCCGCCAUGAGCUUUAAAGUGCACAAACAUUACAAAGGCUCCGAAGAACGUGGCUAUACCCUGGGAGCAGUGGAUGAAAUCGUGCAGGUGCUCGAGGAUAACUCGGUGAAUCUUCAAUCAAUGGGUGCCUCACAAUUCAUUGGCCCAUUCCUUGAGACGGUCAAUCGUUGGGAACGUAACUUGGCUCUUAUUUCGGAAAUUAUCGAUGAGUGGCUAAUAGUGCAGCGUAAAUGGCUGUACCUGGAGGGGAUAUUCAUAGGUGGUGAUAUACGUUCUCAGCUGCCGGAGGAAGCUAAAAAAUUCGAUGACAUAGACAAGGCAUAUCGAAGGAUAAUGAUCGAUUGUGCUAAAAACCCGUUGGUGGUGCCGUUUUGUACCAUACCCGGACGACUGCCUGAAAUUCAAGGUCUUAGCAUGGGCCUGGAAAAUUGCCAAAAAUCUCUCAAUGAAUAUUUGGAAUCGAAACGACGAAUAUUUCCCCGAUUUUAUUUCAUUUCCACAGAUGAGCUGCUGUCGAUCUUGGGAAGCUCUGAGCCAACAGCAGUUCAAAAUCACAUUAUAAAGAUGUACGACAAUGUGAAAUCGCUGCGUAUAAUCAAGGAGAGCUCCACAUUGAGUAUUGUCAAUGCCAUGAUAUCAACUGAAGGUGAAAUUCUGGAGUUCCGUCAAAAUGUGCGAGCCCAAGGAAGAGUGGAAAAUUGGAUGAACGAUGUCUUGGACGAAAUGCGCCGAUCAAAUCGUUAUUUAACCAAAAAAGCCAUAUAUGACUAUGGAACCGACCUCGAAAUCACCAGACCAGAUUGGCUAAUGAAUUACCAAAGUAUGGUUGGCUUGGCUGCCAGCCAGGUGUGGUGGACGUCGGAGGUGGAGGAAGCCUUCAACCAGGCUCAGAAUUUUGGCAACCUGAGAGCGAUGAAGGAUUUUCUCGACAAACAGAACUACCAAAUGGACGAAUUGGUGUUGAAGGUGCGUUCCAACCUCAGCACGAACGACCGCAAAAAGUUCAGGACCGUUGCAACCAUCGAUGUGCAUGCCCGGGAUAUUAUCGAAACAUUCGUGAGAGACAAUGUGUUGGAUGCGCGUGAAUUCAGCUGGGAGAGCCAAUUGCGUUUCUACUGGAUCAAAAUGUACGACAACUUGUAUGUCAUCCAGUGUACGGGACGAUUUGAUUACGGCUAUGAAUAUUUGGGUUUGAACUCCCGCCUGGUAAUUACACCGCUAACGGAUCGUAUUUAUUUGACAAUAACACAGGCACUCCUCAUGAAUUUGGGUGGAGCACCAGCUGGACCAGCAGGGACUGGCAAAACGGAAACCACAAAGGAUUUGGCCAAGGCCAUGGCUCUGCUGUGCGUCGUCACCAACUGUGGCGAAGGCAUGGAUUUUAGGGCGGUUGGCACAAUCCUCUCAGGUCUGGCACAAUGUGGAGCUUGGGGCUGCUUCGAUGAAUUCAAUCGCAUCGACAUCUCAGUGCUUAGUGUUAUUUCGACCCAACUGCAGACCAUACGAAAUGCACUGAUAAGAAAACUGGAACGAUUUGUGUUUGAAGGAAGUGAGAUAAGAAUCGAUCGCAAGGUGGGCAUCUUUGUCACCAUGAACCCUGGUUAUGCUGGGCGCACUGAACUACCCGAAUCCGUGAAGGCCCUCUUCCGACCGGUGACAUGCAUCAAACCCGAUUUGGAGUUAAUUUGUUUGAUCUCAUUAUUUUCAGAUGGUUUUUUAACGGCCAAAGUCUUAGCCAAAAAGAUGACAGUUUUAUAUGCUCUGGCCCAGGAACAACUGUCGAAACAGUGCCACUACGACUGGGGACUGCGUUCGCUGAAUUCCGUGCUGCGUAUGGCGGGUGUUAUGAAACGUCAAUCGGAUGAUUUUCCAGAGGCGGUGGUUCUCAUGCGAGUGCUGCGUGAUAUGAACUUUCCAAAAUUUGUGUUCGAGGAUGUGCCAUUGUUUUUGGGACUCAUUAAGGAUUUAUUUCCAGGGAUUGAAUGUCCUCGCGUAGGUUAUCCGGAUUUCAAUGCCGCCGUACGUCAAUGUCUGGUUAAUGAUGGCUACAUUCUGCUGGCUGACCAGGAGGAUAAAGUUGUGCAAAUGUACGAAACAAUGAUGACCCGACACUCAACCAUGAUUGUUGGGCCAACAGGUGGCGGCAAAACGGUUGUCAUAAAUACCCUAAUUAAGGCUCAGACCUAUAUGGGUCUGCCAACAAAAUGCAUUACGCUUAACCCAAAGGCAUGCUCCGUAAUUGAGUUAUACGGUUAUCUGGAUCCGGACACACGUGAUUGGUUAGAUGGCCUGUUUUCAAAUAUUUUUCGAGAGAUAAAUAAACCAAUUGAACGUGACGAACGUCGUUAUGUCUGUUUUGACGGAGACGUUGAUGCGCUAUGGAUUGAAAACAUGAACUCGGUUAUGGAUGAUAAUAAGCUGCUGACAUUAGCAAAUGGCGAACGUAUCAGAUUGGAAAACUACUGCGCUCUGCUAUUCGAGGUUGGCAAUUUGAAUUAUGCUUCGCCUGCAACGGUUUCUCGUGCCGGUAUGGUCUAUGUUGAUCCCAAGAAUUUGCGCUACAGCCCUUAUUGGCAAAGAUGGGUCUUAACGCGACCCGAAACCCAAAGAGAGCUUUUAAAUGAUAUGUUUGAAAAAAUCAUAACACCAGCUAUCGCCUUCAUACACGAAGGCCUCGAUGGCACAUCCCAAGGUAAUCCCCUGAAAACAGUAAUCAUGCAAACGGAAUUGAAUAUGGUUGUACAAUUCUGCAACAUGUAUGACGCCCUGUUGCCGCCAUUCGAAAAACAGGAUGAUUUGGCAUUUGGAGCACCAGAACCGGUGGCCUACGAUACGGAUGCACUGGAGUGCGGAUUUAUCCAAUGCAUUUAUUCGUCACUGGGUGCCUGCUUAAUUGAACAUGAUCAGACGGUCUUUGAUGAGUUUUUAAAGCGCAUCUCCGGCUUUCCCUGUGUGCAGGAUUCCAAGGAUAAGCCGGCGUCGGGGGGACAAUUGCCCACGAGCAAAGCGACGCUAUACGAAUAUUUCUAUUGCCGCGAGAACAACUGUUGGAUGGCAUGGGAGUGGGUGGUGCCGCCGUACAAACACGACCCCCAAAUGAAAUUCAGUGAAAUUCUGGUGCCCACCGUCGACAGCACACGGACUGUGAGGGUGUUGGCAUUAAAUAGUGAUAUAAAACGUCCCGUGUUAUUGGUCGGUGAAGCAGGUACAUCUAAAACGGCUAUUAUAUCGCAGUAUCUGAGGAGCCUCAACAAGGAUGUUAAUAUAUUAUUGAAUAUUAAUUUUUCAUCGAGAACUUCAUCCAUGGACGUGCAACGAACACUGGAGGCUGCUGUUGAGAAGCGUACAAAGGACACAUUUGGCCCACCGAUGGGGAAGAAGAUUGCAUGUUUUAUUGAUGACAUGAAUAUGCCGCAAGUUGAUGAAUACGGAACCCAACAACCCAUUGCUCUCCUGAAACUAUUCUUCGAACGUGGCGGCAUGUACGACCGCGAAAAAGACCUGUCGUGGAAGAAAUUCAAAGACAUUUCGUUUUAUGCGGCCAUGGGAUGCGCUGGAGGCGGACGCAAUGAAGUCGACCCCAGAUUUAUUUCCAUGUUCUCGGUCUACAACAUUGUCUUUCCGAACGACGAGUCCCUGCAACAGAUCUACACCUCGAUUUUCGGGGGACAUCUGCAGUAUAGCAGCUCUUUCGAUAGUAAACUCCUGCCAAUAGCUGACAUCAUUGUCCAAAUGACUUUGCGAUUGUUCAAGAUUGUUAUUGCCGAAUUGCCUCCCACACCAUCAAAGUUCCAUUACAUAUUCAAUUUAAAGGAUCUGUCGCGCAUCUUUGCCGGCAUGCUGCUGAUACACUCGAAUUAUUUUAAAACAUUGCGGAAUCUGGUGCGUGUAUGGCGUAAUGAGUUUACACGCAUUAUAUGCGACCGUUUAAUUUCUGAAGCGGAUUUGAAAUUGAUGAAACAUCACGUGGAAAAGGAGGUGAAUGAAACGUUCCCAGCUGAAUACGAAAUAGAAAAUGGGUUUGCGGAGCCAGAAGUUGUCAUUCCAGGUAUGCCGAAACGUAGCGUCGUUCUUCUGGACGACGACGACGAGCAAGACGAAUUCGAUGACGAUCAACCCAUUUCGUUCCUACAACAUGUAAUGAGAGAUCCAUUACUGUUUGGUGAUUUUCGUAAUGCUGUCAACGAAUCAGAGCCAAGAUUUUACGAGGACCUGCUGGAUUAUGAGGCGGUCUAUGCACUCUACGAUGAAAUAUUGGAUGAAUAUCAAGAGCGUAGGGGUAAAAUGCCUUUAGUUCUGUUCGAAGAUUGCUUGGAACACUUAACCAGGGUACAUCGCACCCUGAGGAUGCAUCGAGGCCAUGUGCUGUUGGUAGGUGUGGGUGGUAGUGGAAAAAAGUGCAUCAGUCGGCUGUCAGCAUUCGCGGCGGAAUGUGAAGUCUUCGAAAUCACAGUAGCCCGUGGUUACGGGGAACAGUCAUUUCGGGAAGACCUCAAAACGCUCUACACCAUGGCGGGCGUGCAGCGAAAGAAGACAGUUUUUAUCUUUACAGCGGCUCAGGUGGUGGAAGAAGGUUUUCUGGAGCUAAUCAAUAACAUACUGACUGUUGGCCUGGUGCCUGCCCUCUUCAGUGACGAAGAGAAGGAGUCAAUUGUCAAUUCGUGUCGCAGUGCAGCCGAAGAAGAGGGCUACUCAGCCUCUAAAGAUUCGGUGUGGUCAUAUUUCCUGAGUAAAUGUUCAGAAAAUAUGCAUGUGGUACUGAGCAUGUCUCCUUCAGGAGAUGCUCUACGAAAUCGUUGCCGCAAUUUUCCUGGUCUAAUAGGUAGCACCUACAUCGAUUGGGUAUUCCCCUGGCCACAGCAGGCGUUGUCCGCGGUGGCGGAACUAUUUUUGUGUGAACAUGAGUUGAUUCCUGGAACGUACAGCGAAAAUAUAAUGCAUCAUGUUGUCCAUGUGCACAGCAGCAUGCACCACUACUCCAAGGACUACUUGCAGAAGCUAAGGCGGAAUAAUUAUGUCACUCCCAAGCAUUAUCUGGACUAUAUCAACACAUAUUUGCGAUUACUAGAGGAGAAGAACUCCUUCAUCACCAUGCAAAGGGACCGCCUGCACGAGGGCAUUAAUAAAAUUGACGAGGCGUCCAAACAAAUUGACGAACUUCGUAUUUUAGUCACCGAACAGAAACACAAGGUGGGAAUCGCAUCUGAGGAAUGCGAGCAGAUGUUGUUGGAAAUCGAGGAAGCCACACAAAAAGCCAACAUCAAGAAAACCGAAGCCUCCGAAAAGUCCGUUGAGGUGGAGAUCAAGGGCAAGCAGAUUGCAAUUGAAAAAGAGGAUGCCGAGGAAGCCUUGGCCGAGGCAAUGCCUGCCUUAGAGGAAGCCCGACGAGCUCUGUCGGAGUUGGAUAAGGCUCAAAUAACCGAAAUCCGUUCAUUUGCCACACCACCUCCCCAGGUUCAGGUUGUGUGUGAGUGCGUGGCCAUUCUGAAGGGCUACAAGGAAAUCAACUGGAAGACAGCCAAGGGCAUGAUGUCCGAUGUCAACUUCCUGAAAAGCCUCAUGGAAAUGGACUGCGAAGCUCUGACAGGCAAGCAAAUUAAUCAGUGCCGCAGUCACAUGAAAACCCAGCACCUGGAUGAAAUGGAGAAAAUCUCCAUUGCUGGUGCCGGGUUGCUGAAGUUCGUCCGGGCCGUUAUUGGCUUCUACGAAGUGUACAAAGAAGUAAAACCAAAAAAGGAGCGGGUCGACUUUCUUGUUGCGGAGCAGGAACAACAAAUCAAGCUGUUGAAUCAUUUGAAUGCCGAAAUAGCAAAGUUGGAGAAUCAGUUGGACUCCCUGAACCAUCGCUAUGCGGAGUCAAUGAAGAAAAUGAAAGUCCUAACGGAAAUGAUGCAGACGGCCGAAAGGAGACUGAUUGCCUCCGACAAAUUGAUUAGCGGCCUUAGUUCUGAGCGAAUCCGCUGGAGCCAGGACUUUGAAAACUACGGCCAACAACUGGUGGUCAUGCUGGGCCAAUGCCUGUUGUGUGCCUCCUUUUUGGCCUACACGGGAGCUUUUUCGUGGGAAUUUCGUAAAACGAUGGUCUUCGAGGACUGGCUGCCCGACAUUAUUCGAAGGGAAAUACCCAUCAAAACUCCAUUUCGGAUUGACGAAAGCCUUACAACUGAUGUUGAAAUAUCCACAUGGACGUCCGAAGGACUUCCACCCGACGAGCUCUCAGUCCAAAAUGGCAUACUCACCGUUCGGGCAUCCCGUUUCCCCUUAUGCAUAGAUCCCCAGCUGCAGGCCCUCACCUGGAUCAAGAAGAAAGAACAGAAGAAUCAUUUGAAGAUUCUCUCCUUCAAUGACGCGGACUUUCUUAAGCAGCUUGAGAUGUCCAUCAUGUAUGGCAUUCCAGUCCUCUUCGAAGACGUGGACGACUACAUAGAUCCCGUGAUUGACAAUGUUCUGCAGAAGAACAUCCAGCUAGUGAGCGGACGCAAAUUCGUAAUGCUUGGAGACAAGGAUGUCGAUUACGAUCCAAAUUUCAGAAUGUACCUGACCACAAAGUUCUCCAAUCCCAAGUUCGAUCCUGCCGUCUUUGCCAAGGCCAUGGUCAUUAACUACACCGUGACACUGACUGGCCUAGAGGAUCAACUGUUGAGUGUCGUUGUGCGAGCCGAACGCCCCGACCUGGAAACCCAAAGAGAAACACUAAUCGCCCGGACAAGUGAAAAUAAACAACUGCUGCAGCAACUGGAGGACUCCCUGUUAAGGGAGUUAGCCACCUCGACUGGCAACAUGUUGGACAAUGUGGAGUUGGUGGAGACACUGGAGAAUACAAAAUCCAAGGCUGCGGUAGUCAUGGAGCAACUUGUGCUCUCGGCAGAGACACAGAAAGACAUUGAAAAACUGAGAGAUGGCUAUAGGCCGGCUGCCAAGAGGGGCGCAGUUCUGUUCUUCGCCCUCUCCGACAUGUCCACCGUCAAUGCCAUGUAUCAAUACGCCCUGGCUGCCUACUUAGAUGUAUUCACUUUCUCCCUGCGAAAGUCCGUGCCGGACACUGUGCUUUCGAAACGCCUCAACAACAUAAUCAAAACGCUCACCGAGAAUGUCUACUGUUAUGGCUGCACCGGGAUAUUCGAACGCCACAAACUGCUCUUUUCCUUUCAGAUCGCCACUAAGUUGGCUCAGCGCGAAGGUCAGUUAAGUCAAGCAGAAUUGGACUUUUUCAUUAAGGGCUCUGUGUCGCUGACAAAAAGCGAAAGGCCAUGUCCGGCAAACUGGUUGCCCGAUAAAAGUUGGGAAGAUAUAAUGAAGCUGUCAGCUGAAUUUCCUGAGCCGUUUGAGACGUUACCCGACCACAUUGCCAGAUACACCCAUGAAUGGAAAGAUUGGUACGAUUUAGAAAAUCCCGAAGAUGUCCCCUGCCCGGGAGAAUAUAAUAUCAAGUGCAAUCAUUUUCAGAAAUUAAUGUUUUUGCGGUGUUUCCGUGUCGAUCGAAUUUUCCGUUCGAUAAAUCAGUAUAUUGUCGACACCAUGGAUGAGUUUUUCAUUAUGCCACCGGUCGUGAGCUUCGCAGCCAUCUACGAACAGACGACAUGCCACAUACCCGUGUGCUUCUUAUUGAGCGCCGGCUCGGAUCCGACGAAUGAUUUGAUGAAGUUGGCAGAACAAGUUGGCGGUGGCCUGGCCAACUUUUGUCACAUAUCAUUGGGCCAGGGGCAGGAAAAGGCUGCACUCAAUCUCUUGGACAAUGCCGUGCGCCAGGGUAUGUGGCUAAUGCUUCAAAAUGGCCAUUUGCUAAUUAGCUUUGUGCGCCAAUUGGAAAAGUAUUUGGAAAAAAUCGAUGCUCCUCAUCCCGAUUUCCGGCUAUGGAUUACCACAGAUGCCAGUGAUAAUUUUCCAAUUGGAAUUUUGCAAAAGUCCCUAAAGGUUGUCACCGAACCGCCCAAUGGAUUGAAACUGAAUCUACGCUCGACAUUUUUCAAAGUACGUCAGGACCGUUUGGAGAGCUGUUCACAUAAGGCGUUCUUGCCAUUAGUCUAUGUUCUGGCAUUCUUCCAUGGCGUUGUGCAAGAACGUCGAAAAUAUGACAAACUUGGAUGGAACAUCUGCUAUGAUUUCAAUGAAUCGGAUUUCAAUGUAUGCUUGGAAAUCUUGCAGACAUAUUUGAAUAAAAUAUCCGACGACAAAGUGCCGUGGAACAGCUUGAAAUACCUGAUUGGAGAGGUUAUGUACGGAGGACGGGUCAUAGACGAUUUUGAUCGCCGCAUAACCCGUUGCUAUAUGGAUGAGUAUAUGGGCGACUUUCUUUUCGAUACCUCACAACCAUUCCAUUUCUAUAAAGAUGACAACUCCGAUUAUUAUCUGCCAGAUUCGGACGUGGUGCAAAAGGAGGAUUUCAUUGCUCACAUUGACCAACUGCCACUUGUCAAUAAGCCAGACGUUUUUGGUUUACAUCCGAAUGCCGAAAUCGGUUACUACACCCAGGCCGCACGCAGCAUCUGGAAUUCGUUAAUAGAACUCCAGCCACAAACCGGAGAGGCAUCGGGCGGCCUCAGUCGAGAUGACUUCAUUGAUAAUGUAGCUGCUGAUAUUUUGGAGAAACUGCCGGCAGCGUUUGAAACGUGGCGUGUCAAGAAACAAAUUCAAAUGAGUCUCACACCGACUGGCGUUGUUCUACUCCAGGAAUUGGAUCGUUUCAAUCUCUUGGUUACACGCAUUAAGAAAACUCUCGAACUGCUGAGGAAGGCAAUUGCUGGUGAAAUCGGCAUGGACAAUAUUCUGGACAACAUUGCAAAUUCAUUAUUCAACGGUCUGCUGCCAAGUGAUUGGCGCAAAUUGGCUCCAGAUACAUGUAAACAGCUGGGCAGUUGGAUGGAACAUCUGCAGCGUCGUGCCACUCAAUUCAAAUAUUGGUCAAUGUCGGGGGAACCGUUGGUCAUGUGGCUGUCGGGCCUGCACAUUCCACAGAGUUAUCUGACGGCUUUGGUCCAGAUUGCUUGUCGCAAAAAUGGCUGGCCCUUGGAUAGAUCGCAGAUGUACACAUGCGUAACAAAAUUUGUCGAUCCAGACGAUAUUGAAGAAAGACCCGUAACGGGUUGCUACAUAUCUGGCUUGCAUAUUGAAGGUGCCCGUUGGGACAUGGAACGUAUGCAGCUGGGCCGGUCCUUGCCUAAAGUGCUGGUCGAAGAUCUUCCAAUCCUGUCGGUGGUGCCAAUAGAAUCUCACAGGCUUAAACUGCAAAACACCUUCCGGGCACCGGUCUACACAACUUCAUUGCGACGCAACGCCAUGGGCGUUGGUCUCGUUUUCGAAGCAGAUCUGGCCACAACAGAGGACCUGAGUCAUUGGAUUUUGCAGGGAGUUUGUUUGACCUUAAAUCGAGACUGAACAUGUUUGUUACUUUUUAUUAACCACAAGACUGUUUUUAAUAGAAUUUUUAAUAAAAAAAUCUCAAUGAAAACUU